UCAGGGUAGACGAUUCAGCAGAGGUUGUUGUUCGCUGGUUUCUGUGGGAGGUUUUAAAUGAAUUUGUUUUCUUCUUGAUACGAUUAGAGCAGGGAGCCUGCAAGUUUCUUAUCCCAUUGCUUCAGAAUGAAAAGUCUGUGAAAAGGACUCGGACAGAAAUAAAUAAAUAAAAUAAAUCUCGACGACGCUCUCGGAGAGUACAUGGAGGAACCAGAAAAUAAUUGUUACUGUGCGGGCUGUGGAGGAGUCAUUGAGGACUCGUUUCACAUGAAAGGACUUCAGGACACCUGGCACAACUCCUGCUUUCAAUGCUCCGUGUGCUCGGACCACCUGACUAACUGGUACUAUGAGAAGGACGGCAGGCUGUACUGUCAGAAACACUACUGGGAGCAGUUUGGAGAGCUCUGCCACGGCUGCUCUCUGCUCAUGACAGGACCUGCAAUGGUCGCCGGAGAACACAAGUAUCACCCCGAGUGUUUUGUGUGUUUGAGCUGCAAGGUGGUGAUUGAAGACAGGGAUACCUAUGCCUUGGUAAAAAGAUCAAAACUCUACUGUGGAAAGUGCUACAAGCAGGUGGUCCUUACACCCAUGCUGGAAAAAUGUUCACACGACUCCAUCUUGGACUCCCUGCCUCACACAGUGACCCUCGUCUCAAUGCCGUCUGCGGCGAACGGUAAAAGGGGCUUCUCUGUGUCGGUGCUCAGAGACGUCAACGGCUCGGCGAGCGUUCAAGUCAAAGAGGUGAGAGGGAUGCUGAUCAGUCCAGAGGUGCGAAACGCCAUCCAUGUUGGAGACAGGAUCUUGGAGAUCAAUGGCCUUCCUGUUGGGACGUUAAUGGAGGAGGUGGUGGAUGAUCUCAUUCAUCGUACCAGUCACACGCUGCAGCUGCUCAUAGAGUACGACCCAGUCAGGCAGCGUUUGGACCGGCUCAGACUGGGAUCGCCCAGAAACCGGCUAGAAGUCCCAGCCACGUCCCGUAUGCGUCUGUCCUCGCCGUCUGACACAGUCCUGGAGAGAACGGACAAGGUUGAAGACAGCACGCUGAAAAGGAGGUCUUUGAGGCGUAGUAACAGUACGUGUAAGUCUCCUGGACCAAAUUCACCCAAAGAGUCGCCUUUAAUAACAAGAGACAUCGGACGCUCUGAGUCUCUGAGAUCCUCCAGUAGCUGCUCUCAUCGCAUUUUCCGACCGUGUGACCUCAUCCACGGAGAAGUCUUAGGAAAAGGCUUCUUUGGGCAGGCCAUCAAGGUGACUCACAAAGCUACAGGAGAGGUGAUGGUGAUGAAGGAGUUGAUCCGCUGCGACGAAGAGACGCAGAAAACUUUCCUAAAGGAGGUCAAAGUGAUGCGAAGCCUCGAUCACCCCCACGUUCUGAAGUUUAUCGGUGUGCUGUACAAAGACAAAAAGCUCAAUCUGAUUACUGAGUACAUCGAGGGAGGCACGCUGAAGGAUUACAUCAGAGACAUGGAUGUGUUUCCAUGGGAACAAAGAGUAAGCUUUGCUAAGAGCAUCGCCUCUGGCAUGGCCUACCUUCAUUCAAUGAGGAUCAUCCACAGAGACCUCAAUUCUCACAACUGCCUGGUUAAACUGGACAACACCGUCGUCGUUGCAGACUUUGGACUCUCUCGACUCAUCAAAGAGGACAAAGUUAAACCUCCUCCUGAAAAACCUUCCAACAAGAAAAGGGUGUUCAGACGCAUUGACCGAAAGAAGCGGUACACUGUUGUGGGAAACCCUUACUGGAUGGCUCCAGAGAUGCUAAAUGGUAAACGCUAUGAUGAAAAAGUGGACGUUUUUUCGUUUGGGAUCGUUCUUUGUGAGAUCAUUGGGAAGGUUUACGCGGACCCUGAGUGCCUCCCCAGGACUCUGGACUUUGGCCUAAAUGUUGUGAAGUUUGUGGAGAAGUUUCUCCCUGAAGACUGUCCACCAGCGUUCUUUUCUCUCGCCGUGGCGUGUUGUGAUCUCUCGCCAGACAUCCGGCCAACUUUCCAGAAGCUUGAGGACUGGUUUGAAGCUCUUUCUCUGAACCAGGAGCUGGGAAUCCCUCUUCCAGCUGAACUGCAUCAACUCUACUGGCCUAAAGACCCGGUCCAGACCACAGAGCAGCUGUUAACUCCAACAGCUUCCUCACCAGACUGCACCAAUGUGACAGGCAAUGGCACUUAGGGUUUGACCAGUUGUCUGAUGCCUCUUAACUGCUGCACUAAUAAUGUGGGUGAUGAAAUCAGGAAGGAGAAGUCGAACCUGAGCCAAGUUAGAAUCGGAUCACCCAGUCACCCUGUGAGUGACCAUGAGUGCCAAUGAACUGCACUGAGUUGAAAAA